AUGGCAACAAGCGAAGCAUCAUACAUAGACUAUGAUACAUUCCUCGACCCUGACUUCAGCGCCUCUUCAUUCGCAAACACCCUAGUCACAAACACCAACAACAUCAACGACACCCAAGUCGAUCUCUCAACACCCUUAUCUCGAGUCUUAUUUGAUGUGCAAGAGAUAGACACUCACAUCCACAACCUAACCACCAAAUCCGCCCUCCCACUGCUUGAGCACACCCAGGACCGCUCACAGUCCAGUCAGCGAAUCCUCACACAGGUUGAGGAACAAGUCUCUUCCCUCGCAGAGGGUUAUCAACGAUUAGAGAAGGAGGUAUUGCGCAAAUGGACCAGCGCAGAAGAAGCAAGGAUCGCAGCGCAAAACUCGUUGCAGACUCUUCGUCUAGCUCGUGCGGUUGCACGAUGCAUUAGCUUGGGGAGACAGUUGGAGGGCCAGAUUGCUGAAGUUACUGGUCGAAUCACUAGUGCUAGUAGCGGCGGUACGGCGGGAGCGAAAGAUGAUCAUCGCGCAAUGGUGCGAGCGGCUACGACCAUUCUUAUGCUACGACAGAUGUUUUCUGCUAUCGGUGAGGGGGAGGAAGGGCAAGGCUUGGAUAGAGUAAAAGUCAUUCGCACGUUGAGGAGCGAUUUGGUGAUUCCGGCGGAGAAUACCACAAAGGCUAGGGCGCAGCAAGUCAUUAAUCGAUUCUCGGUGUCAUCUUUGAUUGUCGAUGGUACUUUGCGCACAAGUAACGGAACUCAGUCACCGCCACCGUCAGCAGCGACAUCGUCAUUGACAUAUGCGCAAACAGAGGAAGCUAAGGCAAGACUAUUUUCUGCUAUCACGACACUUUAUUUACUGUCCCCAACCCCGAAGAGCGGCGUGAGCGCCGAGGAGUUUCAGCCCGAGCUUCUUCUAUCUACAUUACAAGGCUAUAUCCAUAACUCCUUGACUUCAUCUCUCUCCUCUCUUGCACGCGGACUCGCCACCUUGCCGACUCUAGAUCGGGCACUAGCGGAAGUAUCCGGUCGCUGUCAAGACAUCGCCGCACUAGAAACUCUCCUCGCAGGCUUCAAACGUCCCGCUCACCCAUUACUAUCCUCGCCAUCCACAACAGACCAAACCUCAAACCUCCUGAAACCCCUCCUCCAUGUCCUCGACACCCCAUCCCUACCAUCCUACUACUGGCGCUCAUUAGCAUCCUCGCUGCCCAGCAGGGUACAAGAAAUCCUCAACCGGGGCGGUGCCGCAGCACGCAGUUUGAGGUCUGGACGGGAUAGAUUGCGGAAUGAUUUGCGCGAGUGCGUGUUACGGGGGUCUCAGUUACCGGCUCAUGUUGCCAAGGGACGAGCUGUCAGUGGAGGUGCAGGGGGAGCGGUUGUGGUAGGGAAUUGGGAACGGGAGGCUGCGGUUAUGGUUAGUGCUGUGGUAGGGGCGAUGGGACGAUAG